GUCAGAGUGGUGCACGAGUUACCCCUCGCACUCUCAUGGUGUCGGUACACCUUCUCUUGUGAAAGAAGAUUGGAAAUCAUAACAUAACAGGAUCCGAAAGAUGCCAAUGGUGUUGGUUGUUCAUGGUGGGGCCUGGGCUAUACCAGAUGAGCUGGCCCCAGCCUCUGUUGAUGGAGUAAAAGCCGCAGCACGCCAUGGAUCUUCAGUGCUCAAAAGUGGGGGAAGUGCACUGGAUGGUGUUGAGGCUGCAGUGAGGGCUUUGGAAGACAACACUGUGUUUAAUGCAGGGCAUGGAGCAACACUAAACAUUGAUGGAGAAGUGGAGCUGGAUGCCAUCAUUAUGGACGGCAGGACACUUGCCAGUGGUGCCGUGUCUUGUGUAAAAAACAUCGCUAACCCUGUCUCGCUAGCAAGGGCAGUCAUGGAAAAGACGUCCCACGUAAUGCUGGCAGGCAAAGGUGCGAACCAGUUUGCGGAGAGCGUCGGCGUCAACACAGUUCCCACUGAUAAACUAGUGACUGAAUAUGAGAAGAAAGAAUGGGAAAAGCACAAGAAAUACAUUUCUGGAGUAAUGGAAGCAUUCAACACAAAGUGGGCCCAUGAUACUGUUGGGGCAGUAGCUGUGGACUGUGCUGGGAACGUUGCAUGUGCAACAUCAACUGGAGGCAUAAGGAAUAAAAUGGUUGGCAGAGUUGGAGAUUCUCCUUGCAUUGGCUGUGGAGGAUAUGCAGACAACUCAAGUGGUGCUGUAUCGUGUACUGGACAUGGAGAAUCUAUUCUUAAAGUGACACUGGCCAGACUCAUCCUGUCACAUGUUGAACAAGGAAGGUCAGUAGCAGAUGCCUCACAGUUGUCCCUGCAGCACAUGGGUGAACGUGUCCAAGGAGCAGGUGGUGCAAUCGUAGUUUCUCCAUCAGGGCAGUGGGCUGCCACAUUCACCACCGAGCGGAUGGCUUGGGCAGCUGCUGAAGAUGAUGUGCUGUGGUUUGGAUUAAACCCAAACGAGAGGCUGAAAGAGAAACUGUCCCAAUAGAUGGUUUUUUAAAAUUGUUUUGAUUACUAAAUGACAUGGAUUUCAGAAAUAGUGUGUUCUCCUUUUAUAUCAGGGUUUUUAUUUCACUUGAUGCAUAUCAGUGCACGUUAAUUAGACUUAAUUUGACAAUAAUUAAAUAAGUUCUUUUUUUAACUAAUGAAAAAUAUUCAGUCACUGUGUAAAAUAAAAAUAAAAUUAUAUCAUAUUUAAAUCUAAUUAACACAACAACUCAUUUGGGAGGCCAUGUUUCCAGAGUGGCUAGCUCCUGUCAUACAACUUUAUGGAUGGGGGAUGGUAUUACCUGGAACAAUUAGUACAAGAAAACUAUUGGAAGGUGAACAAACAACUGGACCCGGGGCAGAGACUGAGAGUCUCAGAGGACACAAGUUGUUGUUAUGUCAUUUUAACUGGGAUAUGAGCUGAUCCCAGGAACAAUACUUUCACCAUUCUUGGGAAACUAAAGAUUGUGUAAACUUCAGACCCUAAAGUGUAAAACAAGUACAACAGAGACACAUUGGUUUGUUUGUUUAGUUUAUUAUUAUUAUUUUUUUACCUUUUUUGACUUUUAGAGAUCCUUCGUGUAUGCUCCCUAAGGUUUAUAUGUUGAUGAAAUCCUGAAAUCUACCUGAACAUUACAUAAAACAAUGGUGUUUUAUUUCCAUUCUUCAGGUUGUGGUUUUCUGAAGGUUCUGAGUGUACCUUGCUUUUGUAGACCUGAUUCAGAUGGUUAAAAAAAAAAAGCUCCUCAGCAUGUCAUCCAGCUUUGUAGAUUGAUCAGAUCAUUUAAAUCACUUGUAUUAAACCAGGAAAAAAGAAAUAAAAGAAGAAAUUCCUAAGGACUGGAA